UCAGGAUUAAAAGGAUCCUCAAUGGGGCCCCUGGUUCUUCUUCAGCUGUUGACUUUCCUUCACUCAAGUGAUGGGAUCACAAGGACGUUCUAUAUUGCGGCUGUGGAACAAUUCUGGAAUUAUAAGGAAGGUGCUAUAUUUUCUGUGGGACAAAGGGAAAACGUGAGGUCGUCUGGCGCUCCGAUGUACAAAAAAGCCAUCUUCGCGGAAUACAGCGACGCCUCUUUUACGGAUCCGAAACCAAGGGCACCCUGGACAGGUCUACUGGGUCCUGUCAUUCGAUUAGAAACAUUUGAUUCUGCUAUUAUCCAUUUUAAAAACUUA